UGCUGCUGAAGCCGAGGGAAGGACAGCGUGCUGGUACACACGCCACUCUGGCUCUGCUUUCAGCAGGAUGUGGACGGCUUUUAAAGAAAUGCUUUCCAGCUGGACAGGAGUUAUGUUUGAGGCAGGAUAUCUGAUCUAUCAGUAGUCAGGUUCCCGUUUGGAGAGACGUCCCGUCCUCAUCCACAUGCAGUUAAAGACAAUCCACAGAGACCUCGUUCUGAAUCGCAGCAGGUGAGAGCAGAGGUGCAGUCGGGUAUCACGCCGAUCAGAAACAGUGGAGGAUAUCCGGACGAAUGGCCACGCCCUUUGUACCAGUGCCUGUGCCCAUCGAUCGAGCUCUUCCAGGCUCCUCCGGUGGCAGACGGCCCAAACGGGCAUCGAGCGUGGGCAGUGCCUCCAGCAGUUCAGGGUCUUCUUCCACUAAAGGUGCAGUGGAGGACAGUGGUUUAGGGAGAAGCGGGAAUGGGAGCUGCUUCAUUGCUUCGUGUCAGAGUCCCUUAACAAGGGCCAGGAUGAACGGACUCGAGUCCACGGUGGAGUAUUCCAGCUGUGCAAGGCCAGAUACGCCACCCCACACACUCGGGUGGGAGGAGAGACCCAUAACUCCCACAGUGCUCGGGUACGAGGUCAUGGAAGAGAGAGCGAAGUUCACGGUGUAUAAGAUUUUGGUGAAGAAGACACAGGACGAGAGCUGGGUGGUCUUCCGGCGUUACACUGACUUUUCCAGACUCAAUGGCAAGUUAAAGGAAAUGUUUCCUGGGUUCCGUCUCGCUCUGCCACCUAAACGCUGGUUUAAAGAUAACUAUGACACCAACUUCCUGGAGGACAGACAGUUAGGCCUGCAGGCUUUUCUACAGAAUCUGGUGGCUCACAAAGACAUCGCUAACUGUGUUGCAGUGCGAGAGUUUCUUUGUCUGGAUGAGCCUCCAGGACCUUUCGAUAGUCUGGAGGAGAGUCGGGCCUUCUGUGAGACUCUGGAGGAGGGUAACUAUCGUCUGCAGAAGGAACUGCUUGAGAAGCAGAGAGAGAUCAGUUCCUUAAAGAAGAUGCUGGAGGAAAAAGAGCUGUACAUACACCUGCUCGAGAAGAGGAUCAAUGGUGAAUCUCUGACUCCGGAAAGCCCGUAUGGUUUGUCUGCUCAGGGCAGUGAGAGCAGUGUGGAUGCAGAGAGCUCAACCGCUGAGGCAGACCAGGACAUGCCAGAGGAGAAUGGCAGCUGCGAGCAGCAGGCAUCACGGAGCUCCUCAGCAUGUUGGUGUGGUCCGACCAUUAGCAGCUCACCUCCAGUCAUCCAGGUCACUCAAGUGGAGCAGUGAAUCAGAAACAAGGCUUUGCCUCUCUCUCUCUCUCUCUCUCUCUCUCUCUCUCUCUCUCUCUUCCCCAAGUUCUCACACUCUAGCAUUCACAGCCUCUCCUAACUUCAGUCAUCUCAGAGGGGUGAGUUUCUUCUGUACAGUUUAGAGAGAGAGCGAGAUGUAUUGGCAGAGGCCUGUUAUGGGGGAGCUGAGACAUGGACCACUCCCUGUCGAGACAGCAGAAUGUCUUCAGCAUUGUCCGGUCAUCUAAAUCUGCUCUGAGAGAAGUCCAGUGGAAAAUAAAGCUUUUGGGAUUUUAACCACUGACAUCCAGCCAUAGACUGCUUCUCAAGCAAAAUGCAUGGACGAAGACAAACUUUAUUUAACUUAUCGUGCAGAGGUGCCAACAUGUACAGUUUAGCCAUAACAUUUACAGUUUUUAACUCGUCAGUACAGGAGACGUUUUGGAGGGUUUCUCCCCACCCCCUCUAAUCACAUGAAGUAGCAGUCAAAACAAAGUUUACUGCGCAGAAAAACAUGAUGUGAAAGGACACGCAUUUGCUUCUAGUAGCUUUGCCUCUGGGAACUUUCUCUUCAUGCCACUUUAUAUACGUGAACUUUGACCUGUGAAUUCGUGAGCAAAUGGAAAAGUGGGACCAUGGGCUUUGGUUUAAAAUGGAGAAGUAGCACUCGCCAGACUUUUUUUUUUUUUUUUCUUCUCUCCCCCUUCUCCAUCUGGGGGGGGGCUGAUGCAGGAGUAUGGGUUCCCCCCCCCUUUCUUUUUCUUUCCCCCUUGUCGUUUUUGGAUUUUCUUGUGAUUAAUAAUGUUGGCACCUUUGUAUCAUGACAGUUCACUGUGUGACAAUCCAGAGACAGAAACUGCCUUUGCUCCAAAAACACGGUGGAGUGAAGCCCCCAUGUGGCUAAUGCAUUUACUGCAGUCACCUACUCAGGAAGGACAAUGUUAUGACAGACUGAAAGACUGAUGUUUCCCCUGUGCUGCUGCUGCUGCUGGCAUUUCAUCAGGGCUUUGAACUGAUGUCUGAAUAUUCCAGUUGGCAGGUCAUUCCCAGCUGGCAGACACUCUGGAUCUAUGGCUUCCUUGUCUGAGUUUUGCCUUUUUCGUGUCAUGUCAUGUCACUUUGCACUGCCGUUGGCUCAUUCACAACAGAAAUGCAAUUAAUCGAUGUGUAGGAGUAAAAAAUUGUGCACAUCAAUAAGCCUGCAGUGAUUUUUUUUUUAUAGACAUGUAUGAUUAAUUUCAAACACCUUCAUUUCAAAUGUUGCUACUAUGACCUUUUUGUGAGUCUGAACACUAAAUAAACUUUGCUGCAAGUUCAUUUUCGGAGAUGGGGUGCAUUGUACCGUACGUGAUCAGACUCCUGUAAAACAGCGAUCCUUCAACAAACGGCUCCAGAUAAUCAGAUCAGAUGCAAGAAUCGCUCUGGGAAGUCAAGAGCUGAUGAUUAUUGCUCCAAAUAUUUCACAUUUUGUCAACUGACUUGACUGUUUUUUUUUUCUUUUGUUCUUCAGCCCUGAAUUUACUGAAUCUCUUCCACUUGUGAUCAUUUUACUGCGGCGGUCACUCAGACGUCAGUGGUAAUGGUUGUGCUUCAGAGCCAUUGUGAUCACAACUUUUUAGAUGAAUAUGAUGUCACCUUUAAGAGUCGAGACAAGUCAUAAGAGGGAGAAAAAGGAAAAAAAAAACACUAAUAGCAAAAAAAAAAAGCACUAAACACUGGGGGGGGUCACUGAAACUAAUGUUUUGUGUUGAUGUGUAAAUAUGUUUAAAUUGUCACACUUUUUUUUUUUUUUUUUUUUUUUUUUUAAAUAGCAGGUACCACAUUGCAUUUAAAGCAUUCGCUGCUUGUAAAUGGUCACUUCGGGUCACAUGUUGCACUUUAAUAUCUGCUGGGACUGUGGGAUACGGUGUGUUUCAGCUAGUGGGCAAAGAUUCUGUAUGUUUGAAUGCUACGUAGAGCUUCAAAUGGAGCACAGUGCCUUUAUCUGCAUCCUGUAUGUUUUAUGUAUACACGCUUUAUUUUACACGUGUGCGCGUGCACAUCCUUCUGAAAUCAACUUCCCUGCUAACAUAGUGCCUUGCAUUUCUUCCCGUUAUUUUAAAUCCCUGACAUGUUGUGUUGCUGUUUUUCUCUUCCUUUAGGUUUGGUGCCAGCUUUAGACUUUUUUUUUUUUUUAUAUAAAUGAUCCAAAUAAUCCUCACCUGUGGUCAAAGCAUUAACAUGGCUACUGACAAAUCAGGUCACUCACCCAUUAUUGUGAUUCCUAGGACUAUACUCCUUUCCAUAUUUAACUAAACUAUGAUGGAUUUCCCAAAAGCCUCUUAACACUAAGAGCAUCUUAACCAAGAGAGCGAGCGUUCGUUGUGCUGCUCGCUCUACCGUUUUUAACGAUCAUCUUUAUGCUACGAUGCUUUUAGGAAACCCACCCCUGCACUUUUAAUGUUUCACACAUGUUACACAUGAUGAUAAAUUAAUGUUUGUAUGACAUCUGUGAUGAUCAGAUCCACGUUUAGGUUGAUCGUUUACGCCUAGACAGUGUCUCAUAAAAAAACUAAAUAAAUGAAUCUUGCAUAGCUGUUUAGGAAAUGCAAUUAAAUGGCUAAAAAAGUGAUGCUUCAUCUUGACAUUUUUGUUCUUUCUUAUUUAGCCAUAGACACACAUUCUUCGAUUUCUGUAUCUCAUUGAAAUGUAACACUUUGGGAGAGGGAGGUAUGUGGUUUUAAAUUGGCUUUUUUUUUUUCUUUUGCAGAUCUUGUAGAAAUAUAUGGUUCACAUGGUAACACAAUCUAUUGUCUGAGGGAUAAUAAAAGUUUUCAGAAGUA